GCUUCUCUAAGAGCACCGCGCAUCCUCGAAGCACCCAUUACGUGGCUUCUCAGAGCUUCCCAAGAGCAUACUCCCUUCACUUCCAGUUGUGCAGAUUUUCCGCAGACAAGAUGAUAUCCGACGACGAACUCUACCGACUAGCAAUCUUCCUCGGCUCAAUUGCUAUGCUCCUCAUUAUUCUCUACCACUUCCUCGAGAUCAACUCUGUUGAAGAGCCAGCGACGGACAGCAAGGGCAAGGUCACUACAGGUCAAGCAGAAGUCAAAGCAGCAUCAAUAGGCAGAUGAGGGAUGGUAGACAAGGUGGAGGUGACAUUGUAAGACGAGAAGAAGGUCGCGGUGAUUCGAGGAGGCACAUUUGCGACAUCGACGGAUCUCUGUGUUGGCAUUAUCGGCGUUUACGGGACUGGACAUCAUGGGAUGUAUAAGAGAGCACCAUUUGGUUGCUGGCAAAAGUUGCAAUCGAUAUUGGUGCGGAGAUCUGGACUUUGCUCGUACUCAACGGAGUGAAGUUCUCCUUGAAACUGUAUACUACCAGAAUUGAAGGCAAUUUACCUGAAAGACAAUUGAUUACGGAUUCGAACAAA